UGUCUGCUUAUGGUAUCGCACACUGCUUACCGUCACUCUAAACAACACUCAACUUUUUUGUUGUUUUUUGGCAUCGACAAAUUUACUUUCACCACCAUCUUCGAGGUUACAGGAUAACAUACAGUUCCUGCCAGCACUGUUUUUCGCUUUGUAAUUAAUAACCAUCAAUUACUAUGUUCGGUGAUGUGGAAGUGAACUCCAGUGUCUUCGUGUUUGUCGCUCUUUUCGAAGCCGAUUUCGGUCACCACAGUUGUCGCUCGUAGAUAAGGCCCACUGUCACCGUGUUAUGGCUCUCUAAACAGGCACCGCUUCCACCCCUUGCUGGGGUGGUUUUACUUCCUGCUGUGCCAAAGACUGUUAUCUCUAAAUAUUACGUAAUUUAUUAGCAAAGUGCUAACUUUUAAAUAUUAUGUUUCGCACAAAUGGCUCAAAAAUGAAUUAGCUAACUACCACCUUUGGUGAAUUUGAGCUGAAGAAUUUGCAAACUUUAUAAAAGUCGUGUGCGAUGGCUGCUGCUGAAGUGGCGGGUCCAGAGUGUACUCGGCGCUGCCGAUCUCUGGGCCAUGCAUCCAGCGUCAUUGCGGCCGUGGUGAGGGGCACUGAAGAGGAGGCCGUGGCCUACAUGAAGUGGCUGUGCUGGCGGCCGGGACAGGUGGUGGACGCCGAGGGGCGCACGGCCCUUCACGUGGCCGCCUCCAAGGGCCGGCGCCGGGUGGUCGAGUGGCUGGUGAAGCAGAAAGAGGCUGCCAUCAACCUCAGAGACCUCGAGUCUGGCUACACUCCACUUCACAGGAGUCUCUUUUAUGGGCAGAUACAUGUUGCAGUCGCUCUCAUACAGAUGGGAGCCAACCCUGCCAUGUUUGACAAGGAAGAUAUGACCCCUUUGGACCUGGCCAUGAAAAGUAGACCUCCAAUUGUGGAGUACAACAAGUCCAGUCCUUGUGAGGCUUAUGUUUGGGGCACCAAUGCCAACUUCAACCUUGGAAUUGGAAAUCAGCAGAGCAGAACCGUUCCUGAUCUGGUGGAGCAUUUCCGCCGCAGCAGCAUCAAUGUCAAACAUGUGUCCAUGAAUAUGUAUCACUCAGUGUUUGUAAGUGAGGCUGGCAAAGUGUAUUCCUGCGGUCACGGUCAGGGCGGCCGCCUAGGCCAGGAUUCUGAGAAGCCAUCGCUAUUUCCUCAGCAGAUGAAGUUGACUGCUGGCGACAUUUGCAGCCAGGUUGCCGUCGGUCUUGACCACACGGUUCUGCUAAUGGAAAAUGGCAACGUUUUCACCUGCGGAUCCAAUGAGUACCAUCAAUUGGGCCUAAAUGGAAACCCUCCUCCUAAACACCUGCUGUCUCCGAGGUGCUUGGGCAUGAAGACCUUGCCUAUUCAGAAGGUUCUUGGAGUGUGUGCUGGCAGGUUCCACUCCGUUAUCUGGUCGAAUAAGGGAAUCGCCACUUGUGGAUUGAAUGCUGGGCAGCUGGGUCACCCAAAACUUGACAGAGAGCCAACUGUAAUGACUCCCAAGCUGAUUAUGGCACCAGCCUUGCAGUUCAAGCAGGAUGAGGAUAACUGCAUUUUACAUGUUGCAUCCAGUGACGCCGCACUUGUUGUGGCGCUGAAGAAGGGCAUAAUUUGUCUCAUCCAUGAGUACAAGUGCAAGAAAAUUGCCUACAGAAUGCUGGGAGUUGUGAAGGUGGCAGUGUAUGGCGGACAUAUUGAUGCAAAUGUGGAGCAAAACAGUGAAGAGCUCAGAGUCUGUGCUUUGAACAACACUGGGAAGGUUUUCAUUUGGCAGCAAUCCACACAUCAAAUGUCAAGGUGCUCCUUGCAACUAAAGCGGCAGUUGAUUGUGACAGAUGUUGCAUUAACUAACCAGCAUUUUCUGUUCACCACCUCUGACAAAGAGGCUUUUGAAGGGUUCUUCAAGCAAAAGAAGAAAUUUGAGGGUGAUGUCGAAUGUGAAGUUGUGAAAGUCAAACGCUUGCCUAACAUCCACAGAGCAAUUUCUGUGAGCUGUGACCCUAGGGGCCGAAACUUUACGGUUAUUCAAGCCCAUCCGAAAACUGCUCUUUUUGAGGUGCCACAGAUGGAAUCAAGUGAAAUGGGUGAACAAAUGAAAAUCUUGCUGGAUGAAGCAUGUGAAGAGGAUUCAAUCCAUGAUGUCGUGUUUAUGGUUGGAUCCCGAAGAUUCCCCGCACAUCAGUGCAUAAUAGGUGCACGGAGUGAACCACUUUACGCUCUCAUUCAGGAGAGAGCACUCGCCGAAAGCGAUGAAGUCCCUGAAAUUCCAAUCCCGAACCUAGCCCCUGAGAUAUUUGAGCAAAUUCUUCAGUUUAUUUACACCAACAAAUGUAGCCUGCUAACACCAGGCCAGUGCGAUAUUAAGAUCAAUUAUGAGAACGCUAGUGCAAAGAAAAAGACUGAUGUCAAAUCAUCACCUGAGUUGGGAUAUGAUCCAAGAAAAGUUUCUGCUUUUGAGGCUUACAAGACUCAACCUGGGGUCAGCAAGAAGAAAAAGAACAAGUCUGCUACAAAUAAAAAGGCAGAGGACGAUCCUCUCAAGAGCUUGGCAGCCACUGCCAGGGCAUUUGGAUUGCCAAAUCUGAGCAAAGCCCUGGAUGGAUACCAAUUCAAAAAUGGUAUGGUGCUUCUGAAAAAUGGCCAUGACCUGUACACACCGCAGCCUCUGAGCUUUGACAGAGGAAAUAUGAAACUCUCAUGUGAUGCAACUGUUUUGAGCAUCGAAGGCGAUGAGAUUAAGGCGCACAGAAGCGUGUUGGCUGCUCGUCUGGAAUACUUCCAUAGCAUGUUUUCCCAUGGAUGGGUUGAGUCAAACAGAAGCUCGACCCUCAAGAUGGCUCUUCCAACCGCAGUUCUGGAUGUUCUUUUGGAUUUUCUGUACUAUGAUGAGGCUCCCAAGGUAUUCUCCGACGCAGAGCUGGCACGAACUAUGCUUGUGGUGGCUGAUCAAAUGUUUAUUGAGCGGCUCAAAGAAGCUUGUGAGUGUGCUCUGGUCGCAUCUCUCACUCUGAAAAAUGCCUCUGAGCUACUCCAACUCGCUUUUACCUACAACGCCGCCCAGCUAAAACUCAGCUGCAUGCAGUACAUUUCAUUCAACUUGCCAGCCCUCAUUGAAUCAAGGGGUCUGGAUGAUGUGGAAUGGCAGGUGCUCGAGGAGCUCUCCAAAUACCACAGAGAGACCAAUCCAGUGAUGUGCAGGAGAAUCAUAACCCCCUACGCAAACGGCCCGACUAGCGAUGAUCUGCAGUUUGUCCUGUCUCAUUUUCCCACGCUCUUGGAUGACCAUUCUAGGAUAAAUGAAAUUGAUGAUGGAGAUAGUUUUGAAAUCAAAAAGCAGAAACCAAAACCCAAAAAGCACCGGCUGCGAAGAAUCAGCUCAGGGGAAGGUCAGCUGCAGAGGAUGCGGAAGGACUCGGUCAGUUCCAAUGCGUCGGAUGGUUCAGCAGAUCUGGACAAGGACGUGCAGAUAUUAGAGGAUGACUUGGCUUUGAUCGAUGAGAUUAUAACAUUAAACCUAGUGGAGCCAGCAGGGGCAGUGGAGGAGCUGCAGCCAACUCCUGAGGUCAAAAAACCUGGAGUGAAAAAAGCUUGGAACACCAUGUUUCCAAUUCUACAGACUUCCUUGAGCAAUUUAGAUUUGAAUGGAAACAAACCCAAGGCCAGCGAGUUCAAACCUAACAUUAAAAAGCUGUCACAAAAACAGCGGAAGAGGCUUUUAUCUGAGUCAAACAAGGAACAGACGUCUCCUAAAGCUGAGGUGACCACGCCAGUUUCUCCUUGGAACAAGCAGUUUGCAAGUCCAGCAAGUCCUGGUCUCGAUGAUAUAAUGAAACAAGAGAAGCUAGCGGUUUCUAGUAGAUCUUCAGUAGAGGAGCAUGUCCAAGGCGCUAUUUCCAUUCCAUCCUCAAGUCGCCAGAGAAAUCCAAGCAUUUCCUCGCCACAAAGUCCUCCAGGAGCCUGGUGUCUCUCUGUCAGUCCAGGAGAAGCUAAUUUGUCAGCCAUUGUGAAGGACCAAAAGCAGCAGAAGGAAAACCUGCGGAAGGCAAUGGCUAAACCUCUGCACCUCACCCAAAUAGAAGAUCAGGCCAUUCAGGAGCUAAUGGCUUUCUACUCUGCUGGAGAUAAUAAAUAUGAGAGGAUCACAGUCCGCAGAGUGGAUUCUGGCGCUGUUGCCACUCCAACCUGGGUGUCAUCCACACGUUAAACGUUGAACCGUUGUCUGUAGCUAGCCCUUGAUGUAAGUCCUUAAUUUAGCCAAGAUUUUUGGCCGCCUUUGAUAUUAUAAGGUCCAUGGUGACUUCCUUCAAGCAGAGCUGAUGAUUAUCCCCAUACAUUAUCACAUCCAAAUAUUUUUUAUAAUCAAAAUUUCACCACUUUGUUUCAAAGAGGACUGUCUUAUUACCCACAAAUUAUUAUGUUUAAAACUUUAAUAUUUUUGAAUUUUUGUUUUCAUUUGUUACGCUGUGUUAAAUUGUACAUUGGUGGUGUACGUAGUAUAAUAUGGGUGUCUAAUAAAUGCGAAACAAAGCACAA